UGGUCAUUUGACCACAGUGGAUUGUAUACGUCUACCAAUACUACGUUUGUGUUACCUACUUCAACGCAUCAAUGAUCAUGGAGAGAUCAUUCAGCUUCGUCGACGAUAAUGAAAAUACCUAUAAACAGUAUUACUACUCGCCACUCUCUCCCCAACACGAAGAAGAGAGAGAUGACAUCGUCGUUAAUAACACAGACGAUGGAGGAAAAAGGAAAUCGCAACCGAUUGAUCAAUUUUUUGAAGUGACACCAAAAAUAAAAAGGAAGAAGCAGCUAUCGUCGACUGUGGCACGAGCUGCUAGAGAUGGCGUAUCAUACAUCUCUACAAAUUCUGACGACGGAGACCAAGCGACGCAUCUCAUAAAAAUUGAAAUGUAUGAUAUGAAGAAACUAUCCAAGAUUCCAAUUAGUGAUCACUGGAAGCACGCUACCACGAGGAUUAAAUAUUACGUAAAGAAUAAUAAGGAUAGCAUCUACGACAACACAAACGGUCUCAUGGAAAACUUCAGUGAAAUAUGCACUAGUGCUUUCUUUUCCACACCCAUCGAGGAGAAUAUAGAACAAUUCAACAGUGAAUUCAAUCAGGAGCUGUCUAAAGUUUGUGAUGAAAUAGAGAAGCGUGAACUGUUCAAUUCAUCGUACGAUGAUGAGUUGUAUAAUCAAUGUUUGAUGGUUGAAACAACGUUGAUUCAACAACAAGUUGGAAGAGGUAUCAAACAAGGUAUCACUACCGAUGAAAAUAAGGUUACCAAGAAAGCAAAAUUUGAUGAAGGAGCUUCUACAUCAUCAAUUGAAACCAAUGACGUGGACAACAAUAAGGUGGAAUGUGAUACAUGUCAUGUUUAUAUUAAGAAAAGGUAUUUAAACAACCAUUUAAAAAGCAAUACACAUAAAAAUAAUCUUUUUAAAUCACAUAAUUCAUUAACAAAUGUUACAGUUGUUGAAACUGCUUUUGGCAAUCGAAUUUUAACAUAUAGAAUUAAUAGUAAAACACAUCAAUCGGGGCAAUAUUUUGAAACACCGGAAUCAUUUUUAAAUUCAUUAAAAAUCGAUAUCUUAUUUUUGAUAAAUGAAUGUAUUCAACAACAUACAAUUUUUAAAAUAAACUUCGUAUUGCAUGCUGAUUUCAUACAACAAACUAAAGAUAUUAAAAAUACGUUUGAUUUUCAAACGUUUAAUUACAUAAUAUGUCAGGGAGAUGACUUAAAUAUUUUUUAUUCAUCAUUAAUAGACACAGUAGUCGGUAAAAUUUGUCAAUUUGAAAAAAAAGAUAGUGGUUGGAGUCUUAAUCAAAUUAAAUACAUAGAUAUGAAUGUUAACAAAUUCAACCCCCUACGUGGUAGUUCAUAUAUCAACCUUCCUCAAGAUAUUAAAUCAAAAAAAGCUGUAAUCAAUGUUAAAAAUAAUGAUAAUAUGUGUUUCAAAUGGGCAUUACUCUCCGGUUUAUAUCCUGUAUGUAAAAAUGUAGAUCGGGUAGCAUCUUACGCAAUUCAUGGAAAUAAACUAAAAUUUACUGGUAUUUCUUUUCCGGUUAAAAUUGCAGAUAUAUCAAAAGUAGAGAAAUUAAACAAUAUUAGUAUUAAUGUUUUUGGCUUAGAGUAUAAUAAAGAAAAAAAGUGUAAUUCUGUUGUAGGUCCUUUAUAUUUAUCAAAAUGUCGUACACCUAAUCAUAUUAACCUACUAUAUAUAUCGAAUGGUACUAACAAUCAUUACUGUUAUAUUAAAAACUUAUCGCGAUUAGUUAGUUCACAAAUAUCAAGACAACAUCAUACAGUUUAUAUAUGUGAUUCAUGCUUACUUCAUUUCCCAUCAAAGGAAAGACUUAAUAACCAUCAACAAUAUGAUUGCGCUCACAUUUGUACGGAAUUACCAAACGGUGAGGAUUCCAAAAAGGAUUGGUUUGGUAAAGCAACCUCAAAUAAUAAAUUAAAAUUUGAUAAAUUCGCGAAAAAGUUGGAAAUGCCGUUUGUGAUUUAUGCAGACUUUGAGGCAUUUUUGAAUCCGAUAGAAUCAUGUAGUAACGAUCCAUCCAAGCCUAGUACAAUUAAUAUUCAAAAACAUGAAGUGUAUAGUUUUGGAUAUUACAUUAAAUGUUCAUAUGAUAACAGAUUAUCAAAAUAUGAGACAUAUAGUGGGUCAAACUGUGCACAAGUGUUUAUGAAUCGCCUUUGUGAAGAUGUGAAAGCAAUAGUUAAAAAAAAUAGUUUCCAAAAAUGUCCCGUUCCAUUAUCAGAUGAAGAUAAAAUUAAAAUUUCAAAUUCAAACAUAUGUCAUAUUUGUGAAACUGAGUUAAAUGAAGAUCUUUUUUACGAUUUUGAUUGGCACACUGGUAGUUUUAGGGGUGUUGCACAUCAAGUGUGUAGUUCUAAGUACAGAACCCCUCGUCAUAUCCCAAUAUUUUUACAUAACCUCAGUCACUACGAUGCUCAUUUCAUUGUCCAUGCAUUAAACCUCGAUGAUGACAAAGUUGAAGUUAUUCCACAAAACAAAGAACGAUACAUAUCAUUUUCAAAACAGUUAACAAUAAAUAAUCAACCAGUAAGUUUAAGAUUCGUAGAUUCACUGAAAUUUUUAUCGUGUAGUUUAGAUCAACUAGCUAAAAAUCUUAAUGAUGAUCAGUUUACAGAACUAAAAAGGAACUAUCCUAAUAAUGAAGAUUUUUCACGUUUAAGACGGAAAGGUAUUUAUCCUUAUGAAUUUAUGUGUAAUAGUGAUUGCUUGAAACAUCCGUCACUUCCUGAUCAACACCAAUUUUAUAGUUCACUCACAGAUUCAAAUAUUUCAAAUGAUGAUUAUAAUCACGCAAAAGAUAUUUGGCAACAUUUUAAGUGUAGUAGUAUGUCUGAUUAUUCCAAUUUAUAUUUAAAAACUGAUGUUUUACUUUUGACUGAUGUAUUCGAAAACUUUAGAAAGCUUUGUAUAAAAACUUAUGGACUAGAUCCUGCUCAUUACUAUACUGCCCCAGGUUUAAGUUGGGAUGCAAUGUUAAAAUUUACAAAAAUAGAAUUAGAAUUAUUAACAGACUAUGACAAAAUUGCUUUUUUUAAAGCUGGUAUUAGAGGGGGUAUAUCUCAGUGUAGCAAUCGUUUUGCUAGAGCAAAUAAUAAAUUCAUGGAAGAUUAUGAUAGUGAAAAACCUAAUUCAUAUCUUACAUAUUUUGAUGCGAAUAAUUUAUAUGGUUGGGCAAUGUCUCAAUCUCUUCCUGUUGGUGGUUUCGAAUGGGUAGAUUGUAAUACAGAUUAUAAUGUUUCGGAUAACUCUGAUUUCGGUUAUGUUUUAGAAGUUGAUUUGGAAUAUCCUGAUGAACUUCAUGAUUUGCAUUCUGACUUUCCGUUAUGUCCUGAAAACAUAUGUGUGGGUAAUACUAAAGAAUCUAAAUUAGUUCCUAAUUUAAAUAAUAAAAAUAAAUACAUCAUUCAUUACAGGAAUUUAAAACAAUGCGUUGAAAUGGGGAUUAAAUUAAUAAAAGUACAUAGAAUUUUAAAAUUUAAACAGAGUUCUUGGUUAAAGAAAUACAUAGACUUAAAUACUAGUUUGAGAACGUUAGCUACAUCAAACUUUGAAAAAGACUUUUUUAAAUUAAUGAAUAAUUCUGUCUUCGGUAAGACUAUGGAAAAUAUUGAAAAAAGAGUAAACGUUAAACUACUAACUCACUGGGAUAAUCGUGGUAAAGUUUUAGGUGCUCAGGAUUGGAUUGCAAAACCAGAAUUCCAUAGUUUAUCAAUAUUUUCAGAACAUUUAGUCGCAAUACAAUUACGGAAAACAAAAUUAAUUUAUGACAAACCGAUUUAUUUAGGAUUUUGUAUUUUAGAUAUAUCUAAGACCCUUAUGUAUGAAUUUCAUUAUAACUACAUGAUUAAAAAGUUUCAUAAUAAAAUUAAGUUAUUGUACACCGAUACCGAUAGUUUGAUAUAUCAAAUUUUUACAGACAAUUUUUAUGAGGAUAUAAAACCAGAUCUACUUCACUAUUUCGAUACAUCAGAUUACCCGGAAAAUAAUAUUUACGGAUAUCCAAAAAUAAAUAAAAAAAAGUUAGGUUUUUUUAAAGAUGAGAAUAAUGGUAAAGUAUUGAAGGAAUUUGUAGGGUUGCGAUCAAAAAUGUAUGCCUUAGAAAUAGAAGAUAAAUUUAUAGCAAAAGCAAAAGGAGUUAACAAAAGUGUUACCAAAAACAUGAAUAUGGAAAAUUACAAAUCGUGUUUAUUUAAUAAAAAUGUAUUAUAUUGUAGUAUGCUUCGAUUUAAGUCAAUCAAACACACUAUUUUUACACAAAAAAUAAAUAAAACAUCUUUGUCAUAUAAUGAUACCAAACGAUGUAUUAUGGACAACAACAUUGAUACAUUGGCUUGGGGACAUUAUAAAUUACGUUAA